AUGCAGGAGGAUAUGGAAUAUGAUGCCCUAACCAUUCGGGCCCCUCAGCGGUCUCGCUGGUAUACCCGCCUGUGGCCAGCAUGCCUGGGUCAUGGGUGCUUGGGUCCAAGACAGCAGCGAUUUCCCUUGUACCUUAUUGGGUACGAUCCUGUGGGGCGGUUCCAAAGGGCGGCCAGUGUGGGUGAUGUGGCUUUGGUAGAAAGAUUGAUCAAUGCCAGUGAACACCAUGUCAACGAAUGCGACAGGAGGGGCAGGAGUGCACUGCACUACGCCUCUGCCCAUAAUCAUCCUAAUGUAGUGACAUUGCUAUCGUCCAACGACUGUACCGAUAUUAAUAUGAAGGAUGAUGAAGGCUGCACACCCUUAAUUAAGGCCACCCAACGGGACAACAUAGAGUGCAUCUCUAUACUACUCAUGCACGGUGCUGAUCCCCACAUUAUAGAUGCCAAUGGCGAUGCUGCCCUCCACCACGCCAUUUGCAGAGGGAACAUAACAGUUGUCAGCAAACUGCUGGAGUAUAAUGUAGAUAUUGACACCGAAACAGAGUAUGGGUUGACACCCUAUAAACUCGCUUUAUUUGAAAAUCAACUUAAAAUGGCGGAGUUUUUAAUUGAGAACGGUGCAGAUGCACCUUCGGAGCUUACACCAAAUAGUGGAGGAGCAGCUGCAGUAGAAUCAGAACAAUCAAUGAAAAAGUAUGCCAUCUUCAACCAAGGUAAGAACGACUCCAACUGCUCCUACCUUCCCUAAAGAAAAUAAGGAAGAGCGAAGAUUUUAGAUCCCCAAAAAGGAGUUAAGGAAAUCCAGUAUAAAUGCAGUUCUGUGGUUUUCAAAUAUUCUGAAAAGUCAGAAUUAAUUAAGAAAUUAUUUCAAAGAACUUUCAACUGUGAAGAUUAUUGUCAAAACAUUGCUUAUUUUAUAUUAAUGCUGAUAUCUGUACUCCCUUUGAAUAAAGGAGAAAUCAACUUUACGCACACAUAUCCUCCAUAGUCCCAUUGCAGCAAAUAGGAUUAUUAGAAAUGCAUAUUCUCCUUGAGUUUUAUGACAAGAGCCUUGUAUUUUGUACUGCAUAACAAUACACAGGUAGGUAUCACUAGAAUGUAAUUAUGUCACAAACCAACCUCAGU